AUGGAUGCUGUUCUUGCAGGCCCUGCAAGCCUCUGCUGCCUCUCAGGCUCCAUACAUUCAGGAGAAUCAAAGGGAAAGGUUGAGCAGAUUGAGGGAGUGGACACUUAUGUAGUAGAGCCCGACACGAAGACCGCAAAUGGACAUGUGUUGUUGUUCUUCCCCGAUGCCUUUGGCCUGCACAUUAAUAGCUUCCUGAUGAUGGAUGCCUUUGCGGCUCGAGGCUUUCUCACAUUGGGGGUAGACUACUUUCUCGGGGAUCCGGUCUGGAAGUAUUCCAAAACACCGCUGAAUGACCCAAAUUUCAACUUUCCAGCUUGGAAAGACAAACACUAUUCGAAAAGCGAGGAGGUGGGCGCCAAGUGGGUGAAGUCUGUCCAAGCAAAAUAUGGGAAAGCCGGGGCAGUCAAGUUUGCUUGCAUUGGAUAUUGCUGGGGAGCUCGGUUCGUAUGCGGUCAAUUAUCCAAGGGUGGAAUCUGUAAGGUCGGCGCGAUCGCACAUCCGUCUUUUAUGAGUGAAAGUCACCUUUAUGGUGUCGACGAACCUUUGUUCUUUUCAGUCCCAAACACCGACCAACUCUUCCUCCCCGAAUCACGUAGCAGGGCGAUCGAGAUCAUGACAAAGAGAAGUAAAAGAUUCAACAUGCAGAUAUUUUCUGAUGUUGGGCAUGGAUUUGCGUCGCGAGCAUUCCUAUCCGACCCAUACGAAAAAUGGGCAAAAGAGCAGAGUUUUAAGAGCUUUGUGGAAUGGUUUGAGUUCUGGCUCUCAAUGGCAUGA